AUGGCGGAUGGGAAUGCUCACAGUCAUACUGGUCCUGAUGCCUGCAAACAAUGUGAGCAAGAGUUUGGGGCUGUUGACAAGGACGCUUGGUUGUAUGUGGUCGGACGGCCUAUAGGGAAAUAUAGGGGCUUAGAUCCUCAGGAUUGCCCAGAGGGCUUUGACGUGAAGGUGAUCCAGUCCCGGCCUGGCUCUGCCAUUUGUCGGCCUUGCUUCUACUCUUUACGGGGCAGCUUUCCAAACACGAAGCCUGCUGAAGUGAAGGCAGCGACUGAAGAACACCCUCAGGUCAAAGAGAAGCUACUGCAGGUCUCAGAGUUGGUGGAUCUCAAGACCUUCACCGAUGACCCCAAGAACAAUCCUGAUGGGCAAAAGUUCCGCAACGUCUCAGAGAGGCGCAAGUUUGUUCGUGAGAAGCUUGGCCUGAAGCUGGUGCGUGAUCCUCGCACCGGGGCCGAAUGUGUGCCCGUGCAUGACAAAACAUUGAUGCUAACCGGCCUCAAGAAGACCAUAACACGAGAACGGCAAGAGACGCAUGACGAUCGUGCUUCUGCCAAAGAGUCCUUUGCUAAGCAGCGUGACGACUACAAAGUCCAAACCAACAAGGAAGACAUCCAGAAAGCUGUAGCUGCUGCUGGUGGAAGUGACGAGUCAAGUUCGUCAAGCAGUGAUGCUUCCUUAGAUUCGAGCUCUGCUUGUGGCAUUCAAUCUGAUGACGAGGCGGUUCAAGGCAAAAGGAAAAAGCACCCAGAGGGUGUCCCAUCCCAAUGUCCAAAGCGCCAAAAGGAAGAGGCCCAGGCGGCCCUGGAGCAAGAGGAGAGGCCACCGCCUCCUCCACCACGAAGAGCGCGGGGCAAGGGCAAAGAAGAGAAUGGUGACAAGGCUGCGAAAGCAUCUGCAGCAGAAGCUAAAGCAUUGCAGCGUUUGGAUGGGCAGCUCACAUCCUGCCAAAAAGCGUUGCAGGCCCUCACAGAAAUCACACCAGAUUCUUUGUGGCGGUCCCUGAUCCGGGCAAACGAGUUAGACCGUCGGAUGCAAAGAGCUACUUCAGCCAAGGGGGAUCUUCUCAAGAUACAUGCCCAUGGCCAAGCCUCAGACGAGCAAAAGGCCAAGGCGACACAGCUGGAAAAGGCCAUCGAAGAAGCAGCGAAGACGACAUCAGCUUUGAAGGAAGUAGCCAAAUUGAUCCGUGGUACGAGUGCUGUAGAGCUUGCACAGGUCAUCCAGGCCGGUCGGACUUCCGAGCUCUUCCAGAACCUUGAGCUGUGUAAAAAACGCCUGCUGCUGGACUUCCCUGUUGUUGUGGACAUGAUCCAAACCAUUGCCAAGAAGUUGGUUGACGUGGCCUCUGAGGGUGAGCACAAAGUCAAUGAUCACAUCUUCUGGGAGUUUUUGCACCUGAACAUCAGCGAGUCCAAAUUUUUCCAUAUGGGCUGUUUUCUGGAGCUGUGCCCCGGAACAGAUAAGCAGCAUGCUGAACUUUGCAACCAUCUUUUGAGAGCUCAAAUUGCUGCAGCUGAUGGCUUCUUUGAGAAGUUGCGGCCAACCUCCAGCAUUUCUUGGGCAAAAAGCCACCUACCUGAGUUCCUCAGGAUCGAGACUUAUGAGGAGAAGAAGACCGAGAUGGGUUGGUUGCCUACACCCCCGCCCAAGGGAGCUUUGACACAUGAUGACAUUGAGAAGUAUUCGGGGGAUCUAGGCUUUGCUUCCCAAAUCGUGAUCGACCUCCAGAGCCUCUGGACCAAAGUCCUCACAAUCGUGAAGACUGCUACGGAGCGCACCUCUAUCUUCCAGAACGGUGAGUCAUUGCUAGAUAAGAUCGCGGAGAUUAUCAAGAUAGACUCUGAGGCUAUCAUGGCCAAGCCAGAUGUCGUCCAGAAAACCAUAUCAGAUGCACUGGAAAAGUUCAUUGCAAUUACCGAUCAGUUGAAGCGUGGUGGGUCUGUUGACGAGAAGACCAAAGAGCUUCUUCAGAAGAUGCAGUGUGGCAAGGAUAUGUUGAUUCAAUGGGCCAAAACCAACAUCCUUGCGGAUGAGGACUUCACCAAGGCCCUCGCAGAUGUGAUCACCCAUGUUGCAGACUUCUGCCAGUUGCCUGAGGGCGAGCUUGAUGAGCUGAGCAUUCAGCAGGUUGCACCUGUCUACACGGGCAAAAUGCCAACAAUUCCAGAGAAUAUGACAAGCAGCAGGUUCUUGCUGCGAUGCUUCCUUCAUGGCAAGCUUCAAGAGAAAGAUGGCCUUUCUCGACCAUGCAGGGGGCUGAUGAAUUGGCACCGCCUGACUGCUGCUACUGCUACUUCAGGAGACAAGGAUCAGGAUGACAAUGACAUGGCCUUCAAUUUUGACAGGCUUUCGAAGUGUCUCAAGUAUGCACAGGACUGCAUCUCAUCUUGUGGAGACUUUUGCCCUCCCCUCACAACUUCCGAGCCCUCCAAUGCAGAAAAGUCCAUCACUGCAGUGGUCCAGAUGCUUCGCAGAAUGGAGAAGGUUUGUGUCUCUUACGCACUGCAGGGAUUGGCUAGUGGCAAAUUCCAGGGCAAGGACUACAACUACAAGGCUGUUCUCCCCGAGAUGUUCCACCCAAUUGCCCAUGUGAUGGAAACCAACUGGGCUGACGAAAAGGACAAGCUUGCCCAUGCAAAGCUGGAGACCCUGAUUGAAAAGCUUUCGACCUGCGAGUCAGCGCUUUCUUUUGGUACCUCUUCCUCGAAGAUUGACCUCGGAUCCACAUUUGAGACCAAGAUCCAGGAGUGCCAUGAUUUUGCUAGCCAUUUCGCCAAGGCCUUGCAGGGAUCUCUCAACGAGGAACAGUCAACAUAUUUGACACCGUUGUCUAGCUUCACUGAGAAGUACCAGAUGGUGUCUUCCUGUGUCAGUGACUGGACCUUGAAAGAGAUCGAGUGGGUCUUCUGCAAGGAGAAUGAGAAGGAAGUGGGUUCCGAUUUUGAUACCUUGAAGGAAUCCAGGAAACAGGCAUUGGACUUUGUCACCUGUCUGAAGCCAAUGAUGGAAUUUCAGUCUCAGUCGGAGGUGCUUAAGCCCAUUGUGGCAGCCAGCCACAAGGCCAAAGAUGCUGUUGAAGAGGCCGUGGAUGCUGCUUCCAGGCUUGGCACUGUGAUGAUGUUUGCUGAUGCUGUUGUCGAUGGCGCAGAAGCAGCUAAGCCAGGCUUUGUAGACAAAACGGAAAAGUACACACAGAAGCACUUUGGCAUGGGCAAAGACAUCUUGCCAGACAAACUCAAAGAGAUGGUCAACGCAGCAGUACUUGAGGCUAGCAAGAAGGAGAAGGAGAAGGGCAAUGUGAAGGCUGCGAAGGACAAAAAGGAGAAGUCUGAGAAGUCAGAAAAGGGUAAGAGUAAGAGUAGUCACAAAGAUGGCAAAGAAAAGCGAAAGUCUUCCAGAGCUGAGGACAAUAGUUCCCGAAAGAAGGCCAAGAAAUAG